UACAAAUAGAACAAGGGGCAUGCAGUGUUAGUCACACUUCUUGAAAAUGCCUACGAAGGGGUUGAUUUGUGAGGGUGGCGGAAGGUCAAAAAGGGAAGUGACUGCUUUAAACCUUUACAUGUAACGAACCAAUCAUGGGAAGUUCUACUGGUCUCUGAACAUCUACCCCAGGAACUGUAGCCUUAUCUGUCAAUGAAGAUGAACAAAUACCACUUUUGGGAGCCAGUUUGCACAGCCUUUUCCCCUCCUAUUUUCUAAUCUCCCACAGAAAUCAAUACACAACAAACAUGAUGGAUCACAACUCUUCUUGUCAUGGUGACAAGUUCCAAGUGCAAUUAUUGCCUUCAGUGUACGGUGUUGAGUUCUGCGUGGCGUUGGUUGGUAACCUGUUUGCCCUGAGACUCCUGUCUACCAGGGAUAGGAACAGCUGGCACACUGGUGUGGUGCUGUCCUGUAACCUGGCCAUCAGUGACCUGCUCUAUGUCCUCACCCUGCCCCUGCUCAUAGUCUACUACAUGCAGGACAAGAACUGGCUGUUUGGGGUGGCGGUCUGUAAGAUAGAACGCUUCCUCUUCACCUGCAACCUGUAUGUCAGCAUCUACUUCAUCAUGUGUAUCAGUGUGAACCGCUAUGUGGCCAUUGUGUAUCCCUUCUUCAGCCGGAACCAUGUGAACCCCGCCAAAGCCAAGGCUGCUAGUGUCGCCAUCUGGAUCUUUGUGACCGCCAUCUCCUCUCCUGUGUUGAAGUUUGCCUCCACAUGUCCAGAGGGAAGCAACAAAACCCGUUGUGUAUCCUACUCCUAUUGCACCAACAGUGAUGCAGUUGCAUACACUCACUUGUUUUACAAAGUCUUUCUGUCUGUGGCUGGGUGUUUUAUUCCCUUCCUGGUCACAUUUGCAUCAUACUGCGCAGUGUUGAGGGUGGUGUGGAGGAAUGUGAAUAUAACCUCCCUGGAGAAACGGAAGGUGGCCCUGAUGGUGUUUGUAGUGGUUGUGCUGUAUGCCAUUUCCUUUGUGCCUUAUCACCUCCUCCAGAGCUACUAUUUCUACCAGAAGGUUCACAAACUUGGCUCUGUCUGCGACUGGGUGUACAAGGCCUACCAAGUGUCCAAGGGACUGGCUACACUGAACAUGUGCAUCCAUCCACUGCUCUACAUGGCUGUGUUUGAUAACAUCCGAGUGGCCUGCUGUGGAAGGAGCUCAGCUGAUAUGGUAAUGAAUAAUACAUGAAUUGAACGAUGCUCUCUCUGAUCCUUGGAAGCUUGCACUUAUGGUGUUUCUGAUAAGCAAGUGUUACACACAGUUGAUGACUUAUCUGUAAAUAACUGCAGCUAUAUGCACUUCCUUCCAAUGUUCUGAUCGUCAUGUUUCCUUUCAUAAAGUCUAAACUAUGCCCUCUUCUAUAUUCAUUAUUACAGUAUCGGAUAAUAGAAAUUGAACACGUAAAAAAUAGCUAUUUCAAAUGUGGCUACAUUCCUACAUUGCUUACAGUUUUCACCUGAUGAGCUUACAGAACAGGAGAAAAACGUGAACACCAAAAGCACAGGAUAAAAGUUAAUAUAACCGCCAUUUCGUGCCCGAGGAGACGGUGGAUGGAAAAGCGCGCUAGUUAGAAAUGAAAAGGAGUCGCUGUAGCUAUUGAUAAAGAGGAACAUCAAGACGAUGCAGCUGCUUUAGAAGUGGGAUGCACUGUUGAGCCGUACAUCCCGAGGGGCUCGCGCUGGUUGUAUGGAGAUUGUGACAGCCGGAUAAAUGUCAUCCCUCGAGAGGGCAAGAACAAGAUGUAUGUGAGGAGAAGUGCAGUAUUAUAAGGGGGAAAGUGAGGCAGAGGAGGUCUUAAGAGAGAGGAAGAAAUAGAGUGAGCUUGAAUCGGUUAAAAUGGCGGGGGAAAGGGAGAUGGUUUGUUAAAUAAGAAUGGUAGAGUGAGUUGUAUGCAGGAUCGAAGACGGGAUGAGAAAUAAAAUUGAAUCAGAGCGAAGUACCGUAGGUGCAGUGGCGAGCUGUCAUUCAGACAAGUAGCCCCACCUGUUUAGUAAAAAAAAAUAUAUAUAUAUACACGUUUUGCAUGUUAUUUUGACAUUUAUGUGUCAUAUCAGUGGGUCGAGCCCUGAAUGCUGAUUGGCUCCUACUGGCGCAGCAGUCUGGACAAUGACCCCAAGCAUACUUCCAAAGUUUGCAAAAUGGCUUAAGGACAACAAAGUCAAGGUAUUGGAGUGGCCAUCA